GUUCAUCGUAUCUCAACUCAUCCAUCUUCAACACCUCAACAUAACAACCAAGUCGACAAUCACUUCCCACACUUUCUUUUUACCGGCAAAAAUUCUCCUCGUCUUCUUGCUUUUGCUACACUUACACUUCUGUCUCCUGUAUACCAUUUUCGCCAUGUCUUCAUCCAUCGCCAUUCCAAGCAGAACUGCCGCCUACGGUGAGAGCAGCAAGGCUGGCUCCGUCUCGUCCUACUCAAGCUCUCCACAAACACCACAAUCAAAGUCCCAACGAACGAAUGCCUCCUCUCCUACCUCUGCUUUUUCGAGCACAAGAUAUAGUCAUUAUCGAAGACCUAGUUUGUUGAGUAAGUUCUUGCCCCAUUACUCAUUUGGUCCGGGUAGUAGCACACUUGGUGGAGCUGCUUGAGGUAGUAGAAGUUUGUUCAAUCUCUCGAGGCAGCAACGCAACGAGUUGGCACAGUCAAGAGAGCUAACAAACACCCAGGCUCAUCGCUCUCCAAGCAAGAACAUACGGUCAUCAAUGUUGGUGACCCAGAUGGUGUGCCACGCCUUGUAAGUCCUGGAACUUGGCAUUAUCACCAAAAUUCAAGUGCACUAACUUGUUGACUGUAGAUCACUUGCGUUCGAUCCUCACAAGGCUUUGAUUGGAAUCCAGGUACGCUUCAGAUUCUCACAAUUAUGCAGUCGCUACGGCCAAACUAACUCUACGAACUAGAAAUCUUCCUCCCUUCCUACGUGGAAUGUGACUUCGAGUCACUCGAACGAAAGCGUGAUCCAGUCCACGAAAUCACUCUCAGCGACGAGGAGAUCAAGAAGAUGUUCCCACAAUAAAUCCGAAGCUUAUCGGCGAGGGGUAUCCAUGAGCUCUACGACUAGGAGUACUGGAAUUGCACAUCUUUGGCGCUAGGAUUUGAACAUAUGAACUUGAUGAUUUUGAAUGAGGGAGUACAGAUAUGUGCAGGAUUUGGCUUGUGGAAGGGUUUUCACUGUACGAGCAACUUAUGGGCACGAAGGUUUGGAUUUGGUGGAGUUCGGCAUUUGAUAUAGGGUCAGCUUCUAGAGCUCGUGGUUCGGCGUCUUUUGUCUCUGUGUUUACUUUAUCGGGUCACUGCGAGUCAACAAGAUUGGUAUUCAUGGAAUCACAGCAAUGUGUCGGU